AUUUUGUUAUCUUGCUUAAAGGCCAAAGGGAAGAAAGAUGUUUGCAUAGAAAACACCAUUUAUUCAAAAAACGAAUAUGGUAAUAUGUUUUGCUGCACAACAACACUAAUAUUUACACGCUGAAACUUGAACGAUAGGAGCGACUCAGUGUUUCUUUCUUUGAAAGAGGCCGAAUUUCCAACCAUCAAAAAAAAAAUAUUUCCAUUGUGGCUGAAAUUGGUACAAAGUUCCUCCCACUCGCUUAAAGACAAAUUUGUCAGUUCUUUUUGGAGCCGAUGACGUAGUAAUGAGAAAUGUCAGUAGCGUAAACGAUAUCAAGUGUUUUCCAUUUUCUGUUUUUUCCUUAAAAUUUGUGGUGUAAUUCUCGCCCACGUAAAUUUAUGCAAAUUUUUCAGUAAGCUGUGAAGUCGCAAUUUCCUUCGGAGAGAAUCACUAAUUUGCUUUUAGCGAGGACUGCGCUUUGUAAUGGAGCCAUUUAUGUUAAAAAGCAAACAAUAGGCAAGCAGUAAGAAAUGUGGGACUUCAGUAAAAUGAAAAGGAAGAUCGCGAAACUCUUAUGAAGAUCGCUGCGGUAAUUCACCAAAAAUAAGGAAACUCAAUAUUAAAUUUCAGACUAACAUUUUAAAAUAAUUUCUCAUUUCGGCAUAAUUUUCAUGUCAAUCACAGAUCUAGGCUAAUAUUUUCACUUGUUUUCCUUAGUGGCAUUAAAAAUUUGAGAUUUUAGAGUUUCAGUCAGCUGGAAGGUCUGAACGAAAACUUGAUCGAUCAGAACAUAGUCAAGUACUUUGCAGACAAUAACCAAGUGUAACUCUAUGGAGUAUAAAAGUGAUGCGUAUUUGAAUUCAAUUGGAAGACAGCUCGUUCGUUUGUUACUCGGACAAUUGAGCCCUAUGCGAAUUUGCGAAACUCGAUCGCACUUAGUACCGACAACACCUGCUGUUUGAAUUUUGUUUACCGAGUGAAGACUGUAAGACUAACAUUUACGACAUAAUUUAGCAUUUCUCCCCUGAGUACGAAAGGUUUAAUUAAAAUGUGGCUCAUUUAGGAGGUGUCAGAGUUUACUGUUGAAAUUAAACAAUUAAUGAUAUUUUCUCGUUCAGAUGCACCUUGCGAAGUCAGAGUUUACGUUAAAAAACCUUUUAGGGUUACGGUUAAUUGUUCAAAUAAAAUCUAUCGAGCCAGAUCUGUCACGAUUGAGCGCUAACUAUAUUUUUCGUCGUUUUUGACGUAAAAGUGAUCUUAAUGGUUCAAGUGAACUCCAUUUAUUUAAGCGCUUUGAGUCAGUGGCUUGCAGCCCAUUGGUGGAUUUAACUCGCAUCCGGCUGCCAUCGACUGAAGAAAAACAUUGAGACCAAAAAUAGGCUCCCCUGCUAAUUUAUGCACUAAAAGUCUCAGUUAUUGUAGUCGACGUCAUUUUCAAUGCCCCUUCCGUCAGUUGCUCUGUUUCCAGUCUCAAAACAUCAAUCAUUAGCUGAAGCGCGCCAUGGAUGGGCAAUUUCCUGCGAUGUUUGCUGUUUAGAUAUCAUUCCAAGUCGAUACUCGACAGAAAAACAGUGUGGCGGUAACAAGGUGUCGCUUUUGCACGAGUUUACAACUGUUUACAAACUUCAACGCUAUUCUCGCGGUUCAAAUUACCGUUGCUUGGAGGUGUCUUUAUGGCUUUCGCGUUUGGAGAUUCUUACUUGAAGCUUCCACCAAUAAGCCAAGAAGGUUCCGUUGAAAUCGACGGCGAAGACUCCAAGAGAAAUUUGGGGAUCGUCCGCGAUAAACAUGGCCUUGUGCGACUUCCUCCUAUCGUGCGAUUGGAUUCACUUCGCUCCACAUCAACCGCUCAAAGGUUUCGGAACGAAACGCCAACCGCAGUUUCAAGCGAAAAGACCGAAGUUGCGAUGUCAAGAUCACCAAUGAAAAUAACAGACAAAAUGGGGAGCUUGAGACUCCAAGGACGUUCGAAAAAACUAAAAAAAUACGACAACAAGAGCGAGGAUGAAAUGAAAUUAAUUAUGGAAGCAGCUGUCAAGGAAACCAAUGAAGACGAAACAAGUUUUUUCGACAGCGAAAAUGUUUCACACGAAAAAGAGAGGGCAGGUUGUCAACGGUUAGGUUCUAGCUCCGCUUUGUUAUCAUUGACUGGCAAUGGAGAACUUCUCCCUGCACACAAAGAUUCAAUCUUGUCCCGCCGGGGAAGCAACACUUUUCAACCUACGAAGAAAUUGACGAGAUCGCGCAGGCUGGUAAAAUCUUCGCCCGAGUUAUCUAAUAGAAAGAAAAAUAUGCGGCUGCUCGCCGACGGAAAUAUCAGCGAGCAUUCGUUAUCUUCUCUCGCAGCAGGUUCUAUGCCGGUUGUCCGAUCCGACCCCUCAAGCCGUCCACAGCUCGCUGUUCAGGACAUCGACGGAUCAAAGCUCUCUCAAGUACAGAAUUAUGCUAAGAUUGAGGAAAAAGCAAAAGAGUACGGCGGGAAACGCAGAAAUCACAGUAAUCAACGGUGGAAGAUUGAUGUUGCAAAUUUACCACAGAGCACCCCGAGUUCACCGGUUUGCAGUGAAUCUGCUAACUCAGAGAUCAAGCAAAAAGGUCGAAAGUCAUUAAACGAUAUAACGGACGCGGAGCAGUUUGUUGACAGAAGAAGACCCUCAUUGAAAAAGCAAAAUCUAGUUUAUGAUGCCGAUGUCGAUGUAUUGAAAAUUGAAGGAAAGAGCUGCUCUCAGAGUGAGAGAAAAUUGCAAAGAGGAGAUGCUUUGACAGAAUGCAACGUCGAAAUGUUAGACCUACCGAGAAAUGAAGAAAAGAGGAAUUCAUUGUACGACUUGCAACAAAUAUUAACCUUGCUACAGAAAGAGGAUUUAAAGCGACAGGCUUCCAACACAGCUUCAUCAUCUCGAAAUGCAAGCGCCACCUCUAAUGCAAGCGGAAGGGAACCCAGUGAGUCCGUUUAUGACUUAAGGGAGUUCUUGUUAAUGGCGGCGGCCGAAGCUUCGAGCGCAGGGCAACUAAAAAAGACACAAACGAACAAAUUAAGCGCCAAUAACUCACAGACGAGUUCGUCGUCGCAUCUCGCACCUCCUGGGAGAGAGAAAGACGGUAGAAAAGGCUCAGUUUACGACUUAAUGGAGUUUCUCACUCUUGGAAAUAGCAGUGAAACGGGUUCUGGAUCCACAAGUGAAAACUCGAGCCGUUCGACUUCACCGCGAAUUUUAUCAUCACCGCAUGCCAGCUCUAGCUCAAAUAACUUGCUAUCCGUCUCAGUUGCCAACAGUGGUGAGGAAAGCAGGAGAGCGUCUACCUACGAUCUCAUGGAGUUUCUAUCUCUGCCGCGUUCUGGGGGUAAUUCGCGUCCUGAUUCAGGUCCUAGCAGCCCAGCUCUUCACGAGGAAGGCUCUAGCGCAGCAGAAAGCAAAAUGAGCGAUUCAGGUACCGAAAAGGUUAAAGAGAAACGAAGUCUAUCUAUGUACGAUCUGGAAGAAUUCCUGUCUAUGACAUCUGAUAUACCACCGCUUGUGCGAGUCACACCUUGGGAAGAAGAGCAAAAAACAAAUAGUAGCAAAACUAUUUCGGAUUCUGAAGAAGGUGCCAAAAGAGAUUUGCAACAGCCGAGAGGGUCAGUGUAUGACCUAAGUGAAAUCCUGAGCGUGUUACAACAGGAAAAUGAGAAAAGGCAUGAGUCUGCGUCUAAUUUACGCCAGAUGCUGUUUCAUUUUCAACGUGAAGCCGAAAAAACUGGUCAAUCUUCACUUACGCAAUCAACUAAUGUACCCGCCAAAUGUACUGUCGGUUCCUCUCCCGUAACUCCAACAAUAGAGAACAGUGGCUACUCGACCGGUAGUGAUCAAGUAGCAUCAACAGACGCACCCAAAAAUAUGGAUGUAACUGAGAACAGUCGGCACAUGUCUGUGUAUGAUCUUAGAGAGUUCCUUUCACUUUAUGCCGCUCAACAAAACCCGUCGGCAACUCAUCAGCAACAGCUUUCAUCGGCAGUUUCGUUGAGGCGAAAAUUUUCCGGAGUUUCGCAAAGCGGUGUGAGUAUACUCGUCACUGACGAAUCCAACAGAAGCAUCGACAGCGAAUUUUACGAAGAUGUUUUUCUUCCAGUACCAAGUACAGAACCUAGCGGUGCGUCUGAUCCAUCGCGUAAAAGAAGCUCUAUUUACGAUCUCCGCGAGUUCUUGAGCAUUUUAAAUGCAGACGAAUCUCCCUUGAGAAGACGAUUAUCUAGCGUGUCAUCUGCAUCGACUAAAUCCAGCGAAAGUGAAUCGGAAUCAAAUUCUGCCAAAACUACUGGCCCGUUAAAACCAGCCGGUCCGAGUCAUGGCAGGGAAAAUUCCUCGAGACCACAACUGUUCCCACGCCAGGAUUCCGGCGGGAGCCUUUCUCUAUAUGACCUUGGCGAGUUUCUCUCGCUUUUGAACACAGAGGAAUCUCCAUUGCGAAGAAGGCUUUCGAGCGUCAACGAUAAGAUCUCUGCGCAAGGUGAAGAGGGAGCGCGCACGCCGGUUCUUUCCAGAAGCGAUUCCGAAAAGGGUCUUUACAGCUUAGAAGAAAUAUUAACUGUUAUGAAUGAGCUUGAGCAAAGGAAUAGUUGCGAGAACAUGAGUGGGGACAUCGAAGGCAAUGUUGGAGAAGAAAUCAGUAUUCAAGUUCCGACUUUACCGCCAAAAGCUGAUACGACAAACAUGCAAUCCCUCCCAACGAGAAAGCUUUUGCAGCCUCAAAGGUCACUAAAAAGUGUCCCCGAGACUUCUGAAGUGAAAAACACUCAUUCAAAUUCGUUAUAGAAUUUCUCUGCAAGUUUGAAACACUUAUACUGAUGAAGGCAAAAGUAAAUUCUUUCUUUACUUCUCCUCCUCUGUUUUGCAUAUGUGAGGCUAAAUUUCUCAGGCCAGUGAGAUCAGUAGCGACUCCGCCAUUUCACGACGGGAGGUUUUUGUACAUAACAAAAUUUAUUUCUACAUAAAGUUGAUUUUUUCUGUGUGUUCCUUUGCGUGGUACCGAGUAUGUUUUAAUAUCUGUAACUAAUAAAAAGAUUUGUUGGUUUUAAACAGUCA